AGAGCUGCGCAUGCGCCGAGUAACUGUCGUCGCUAGUACCUUACAAUUGAUAUUCUCCAAAUAUAUAACAAAAAUAUCGCGAAAAUGUCGAAGGGUAAACUAACUCCACAUGUAAUAAUAAACUUCAUCCACCCACUAGAUUCGAACAAAGUAGGUGAUUAUAAUCAAAUUAGGAUCAAUUAACGGUUGGAUUGGAUUGUGAGUGCGUACUUGCGCAUCAGGUCCUCAAGCAGUCCGAGUGUGAUGUUGUGCGCAUGCGCCAAACCUGUAAUAUCAGUGAGGGUUGUUGUUUUCUACUACGCAGCAGGCGCACAACAAUGAUGGACAGAGGUAUUUUCAAUUCGUAAGGAUGUUAGAACAAAAAUGGACGUCUUUAUCCAGCGUUAAAGCCUAAGGAACGGAAAAUAAAGGAGUGGGUGACUGACUGACUACAUCAACAGGGCGAAAUGUCUACCAAUAACAACAUCAUAUCCAUGAAGAUCCGGACAGAGUACAUGAAAAAGUUCAGAGAUCCCAAGUGGGAGACAUUCUCGAAGAGUUACGAGGACUCUGUGAAGUACAGACUGACGCGAAGAGUGAUGGAGCAGACACACAGACCGUUAUUCGAGAACGGAUGGGACAGCGGGUCCGACUCCAGCGGGACGUCCAGUCCCAAACUGCAAGGGGUGAACGUCUCAAAUGGCAAACACUACAUAUCCUCGUCAGAGUCCAAGAAUGAGCCUGUGGAGGUCCAGAAGUCCUGGAAGCCGCAGGUCAACGGAGAAGUUCACACGGACACCAGUGCAACCGUGGAAAGCUCGACUCCCUUGGAAAAUGGUCACAAAGGGGUGACCACUAACGGACCAUCAGCUUCUUAUCCGAAACGGCGGCAGAGAUACCGGGCGCCCCGUUCAGAGCCAUGCUACCCUAAUAAGGAGCUGGAUAGUGAUGAAUCACACCUGUCCAUAUCGAGAAAACCACCCAGGGCCAAGAGCCAACCCCCAGGCAACACCAAGGACCGGACGUCCAACCGAGACAACAGGCGCUCUUUUAUCCGCAGUGACUGGACAGAGAGGCACAUCGAGACCAGGGAAAGAAGAACACCGAAUAUCAGAGCGUCUGUGUCUGCUGGAGAGAUUCAUCAGGCCGACGUGGGCGUCCAGACACGAAGAGAGUCUAAAAAAGGUGUGCGGGCGUCAGAGCACCGGAGGGCGAGGUCAGCUGACCUGGAGAAGGCCCGGAGGUCAGCCCUGAGCGUGACGGACGAGCGCUGGAUGACGGAGUACAUGCGCUGCUUCUCUGCUCGACUGAGGUAGAGGCUGAUCCAGGAUCAGUGGAUUAGACGCGAGGCGGCAGGAAACAGAUCCCAAACCAGCACCACAGGACCGUUACAGAAGAGUAAACUGAGGUUACAUGCAUUUCUUUAAAAUAAAAAUACAGAGAUUAUUCAUUAAAUAUAAAAAUAAUUAAUAUUUUUUGAUGCUGGCUACAAUCACUUUCUCAUGAAUGCAUACCAGGACCAAACAUUUAACUACUAAAACACAUUUGAUAUUGUUUUUAAUAUUUUCAUAUUCACCGUUUCGAUUGUCAUUUUAUUCCCGAUCCAGUGUUUGACGUCGUUGUAAAAAGGUUUCAGAGCUUCUAAACAUGGGCUGCAGGGAUAAUUUGAGUGGACCAAACAUUCGAUAUGUGUUCAUGACUCAGAUGAUUGUUGUUGAUCGUUAUUCUAGACGUCAUAAACGCGUCAGCUGAUAAAUGUCGUUCUUCUGAAUGUGAUUGACUGAUAUUUGGUUUGUUUGAUCACAUGGUCUCAGUGAUUUGGUGUUUGAGAGGCCGUGUUAGUGCUGUGCUAUGUACUUUUGCAAGUCACGAGAAGUGUGUUUUCCUCACCAAUCUCCAAAAAACAUCCUUUUAAUCCACUCUUUGCACACAGAUGUCACAUCUAUAAUAUUUUUAGAUGGAAACAUAAUUGAGGGCUAGUUGAAUGCCAUCUUUUGAUUCUCGUGAAUGUGAUAAUUUCAACUGUGUAAAUCAUUAUUUUUCUGAGCACAGAUUUGAUAUGAAACUGAAUAUUUGCUCACAUGUAUAUAUUUUUUUGCUUCUCUGUGAUAUUAAAAUGCAUCCACACUGGUCAUGUCGUAGACACUUUGAAUGAGCCGUGACGCUUUACUUGAAACUUAAUGUUUGUUUGAAGAAAUGUUAAUCUUAAUAAUUGUUUGCCUGUUAUCUGGACUUACUUAUUUAUUCAGUUAUUCACUUGCUUGUGAUUUUAUGAAAGAAAACUCACUCAGUUUAAGGCUAAUCACAAUGACGUUCUUGAAUGAAGUAUAUAAAAUAUGCUAAUUUGUGGAUUCUCCUCAGCAAUGUUUACAUUUUGACCACUGUAAUUGUAUUUGAGGACAUAUUUUCAUUUGCAGAACAGAAAUACUCCUAAUAAUGCAUUGCAGUGAAUAAACUAUGUUUGAGUAAC